AUGGGCAGGGUGUGGCCUCAGUUUGUGGCAGCAUUCAGCAUAUGCAUGGGGGCAUGGGGUACUGGAACACUGCUUGCUUUCACAGCUAACAUUAUAACAGACGGAAAACUGGAAUACAAUGGUGUAACCUACGAAGGUACGAGUCUCGCUCUCUUUGGGGGCAUUAUGUGCUGGGGCGCCAUGACGAUAUGCAUCCCGGUGGGUUAUUUAUUGGGCAUAAUCGGAAGAAAAAUGACGUUGCUGUUGACGAUUAUUCCGUUCGAAGCUGGAUGGGCUGUAAUGUAUUUUUCAAAAAGUACGGGAUUGGGUUUGACGUGCAGAUUUUUCCUGGGUAUGGCAGGAGGUGCGUUCAAUGUUGGUGCCCCUUUGUACACCAUGGAAAUAGCAGAUUUGCAGCUCAGAGGGAUGUUCGGCACCUUCUUCCAGCUAUUUAUUUCACUUGGAGUUUUGUAUGCCCAAGUUAUGGGAUGGAUUUUCCACGAUAAUCUAGGCGGUUACAUAAUAUCGCUGUGGAUAAUACCGAACGUGUUCUUUAUUGCGUACAUGUUCCAACCCGAGUCGCCAGCUUAUUUACUGAAGAAAGGAAACACGGAGAAAUGCACAAAGGUUUUAAAAUAUUUUCGAGGGGAAGAUUACGAUGCCAGUGCCGAAAUGAAGAACAUUCAAUCGGACAUCGAGGAGGAAAGGGAUUUAAAGGGCAAGUGUUUGGAGACGCUUAAAACAAAAGCAGCCCAAAAAAGCGUUGCAAUUUGCUUCUUCAUGAUGUUUUUCCAGCAAUUCACCGGCAUUAACGCUGUUACGUUUUACACCGGCACCAUCUUCGAAACGGCCAAGAUUUCGAUCUCUGCUUACUUGCAAGUAGUGAUCAUCGGUGUUAUCGGUCUUAUGUUCACCACCAUUUCCUCGGUGACCAUAGACAAAGCGGGGAGAAAGGUGCUGUUUUUGAUAUCGACCGUGUUGAUGCUGGUCGGUUUGCUGAGCAUCGGCAUCUUCUUCACCGUCCAGGACCGCAUAAAACCAUCAGAAGACACGAUACGCAUAUUAGCCUGGUUUCCUGUUCUCGGCGCCUGCAUUUACAUCAUAGGCUUCUGCUUGGGCAUGGGUCCCAUCCCAUGGAUGACGGCCGGGGAAAUAGUUCCGCCAGCUAUAAAGGCACCCAUUGCAGCGGCCGCCGCCACCGUCAAUUGGCUAUUCGCGUCCAUGGUCAGUUUCGGUUAUCCCAUCAUUAAGGACGUUAUCGGCACCGACACCACCUUUUACAUAUUUGUCGGUGUUUGUAUCGCCUGUAUUUGCUUUACGAUUUUCUUUAUGCCAGAAACGAGGCACAAACCGCUGGAUCAAAUUCAAAAAGAACUGGCUGGCGAACCCUAA